AUUAUAUAAACAAAUAGGUGCCAAUCUCUCAAGCACAAGACAAACAGCAAUACAUGCACACCGGUCCCUUUGAGUUUGUUUCCAAUUAUUGCAAGAGCAAGAAGUGGCCUUUUCCUUACCUUCAAUUAAGCAAACAUGAAGCAAAAAAUAGUUAUCAAGCUGCAAAUGGACUGCGACAAAUGCAGAAACAAAGCCCUAAAAAUUGCAGCAGAAGUACGAGGUGUAACUACGGUGUCCCUGGAAGGGGACGACAAUGAUCGCGUGGCGGUGAGCGGUGUGAACGUGGACAUGGUUUGCUUGGCCAACCAGCUGAAGAAGAAGUUCAGCUCCGUGACGAUUCUCACCGUGGUAGACCUAGUUAAAGAGGAGGAGGCGAAGAAGAAGAAGGACGAGGAGGAGAAGAAGAAGAAGGAAGAGGCCGAGAAGAAGAGGAAGGAAGAGGAAGAAAGGUUGAAGAAGAUGCUGCGUUCCGUUCUUUGCAAAAAGUGUAAAAGCUCCAGUUGCCAUGGUAAGUGUGACACUGCAUGCUGCACAAAGUGUGAAAGCAUCCACUGUGGUGGAGACUGUUUCAUCGUUUGUGUUAAUUGUGAUAGCCCCAAGUGUGAGGGUGACUGUAAGCCAUGUAUCAAUUGCCUCAGCUCUAAGUGUGAGUGUGAGUGUGAGCCAUGCCCUAAGCCUCCUUCACCCUGCCCUAAAUGGUGCAACUGUCAUAAAUGCUAUGUGCCCUAUCAACAACCUUGUUAUUACCCUUAUCCUCCCCAAGUAGUAUGCUAUGAUACAUGCCCUGAUUCUCCUUGCUCCAUCAUGUGAUCCACCACCUGGUCUUGGUGUACAAUUAUCGCAUGCAUAUUUGAAUUUAUGACCUCAUAUAUACACUCCAAAUCCUACCUCUUGGUCCACCUAGUGGUUCUAUGAAAUCACAUGGUUUAAUAAUAAGAUAUUUGUAUUUGAUGAUAUGUUUGCAAUACUGUCCCCUCUUUAAUAUCCCUCGGGGCACACAAGUACGUGCACCGCACUGUGUUAAUUUGGUUAAUUUGUUCAUGUUUGUUUUGAUUUCUUGUAAAAUUUCGAGCUUGAUUUCUCGUAUUGUUGAGCGAGAUCUCAGUUUGUAUAUCUUUCAUCUACUUUCUGAUAUGUUAUUAAUAAAGAAAUUUAAUUAACUCCUUUCAAUAA